UUCACUCGUUUCACAUUAACCUUUACUGGGUUCAACGGUUUUGACCAUACCUCAGUACAGCCUGGGCUUUACCCCAUAAAAAUAAAAUUUACAGUUUUGACUAGAGUUCCAGUUAUUGAGAUUUAAUAUGCAAGUUUUUAUCUUUUUCAUCUAAAUGUUAUAAUAAAAAUAAUCUCUGCAGAUUGAGGAGAGAUGAAUAGUAACUCAUGGAGGCAGAGAGAGCUUGUGUUUUUACUUUUUUACGCGGUUAUUUUUUACAUUAUCGUCAUUCGUUGUUCCCUUCAGCUGUCCGGCGAUCAUUACGAAAAGCUUUAUGGUUUACGGCCUGGAUUGAUCUCAACUCUGCUUAACGAUGCUUCGGAUGCACAAUGGAGAAAUUUCCGCAGCAAUUUACCCAUUCUUACCUUUGUUUUUGGACUUUUUACUUUGAUUGCUAACCUACUGAGGGCAUGCUAUAAUUUGAAGGCAGAGGGAAUGUCUCUAGUUUGGCUUUUGAUUUCGUUGGCAUAUUUGUCAUAUCUACAUGGAGCAUUUAUCAUCUUUAUCCUCUUAAUUGCUUCAGCCAAUUUCUUUUUGGUUAAGGUAUUAGGCCGAACAAAAUACUUCCCAGUUUUACUUUGGGUGUUCAACCUAUCUUUUCUUCUAUGUAAUCGUGUUUAUGAGGGAUACUCAUUCAGCAUUUUUGGAGACCAUUGGGCUUACUUGGAUAAGUUUAGGGGUACCUUCAGAUGGCAUAUCUGCUUUAACUUUGUUGUUUUGCGCAUGAUAAGUUUUGGGUAUGACUGUCAUUGGUCAGAUCAUAAUGCUUAUGUUGAUCAUGAGAAGCACAUACGAAAAUGCACCACUUGUUCUUCAGGAAAAAUAUGCUACAGAAUGUUACAGGAGAGAAGUGUGGGCAUCGACAAGUUCUCAUACGCUUUAUACCUGUGUUAUUUGCUUUACGCACCACUUUAUAUUGCUGGACCGAUUAUAAGUUUCAACGCCUUUGCCGCCCAGCUGGAUACACCUCAGAAGAAUUAUACAAUUAAACAAGUGGCUUGGUACGGUGUUCGUUGGGUCCUUAGUCUGUUUCUUAUGGAAAUAAUGACACAUUUCUUCUAUUACAAUGCCUUUGCUAUUAGUGGAAUUUGGAAACAAUUGUCACCUAUGGAGGUCUUCAUUGUCGGAUAUGGGGUUCUAAACUUCAUGUGGCUAAAGUUCUUCCUCAUCUGGCGCUACUUCCGUUUUUGGGCACUGGUGAGUGGUAUUGAAACCCCAGAGAACAUGCCACGCUGUGUAAAUAACUGCUAUAACCUGGAAAGCUUUUGGAAAAAUUGGCAUGCUUCCUUUAACAAAUGGCUUGUGAGGUACAUGUACAUACCCCUCGGGGGAUCUGGAAGGAAGCUCUUGAAUGUAUGGGUUGUUUUCACAUUUGUUGCCGUAUGGCAUGAUCUCGAAUGGAAACUUCUUUCUUGGGCAUGGUUGACAUGCAUAUUUUUUAUUCCUGAAAUGAUUUUGAAGUCAGCAGCAACUUCUUUUCAGGUUGAUAAUGUUUUCAAGGCGUUCAUUUUCCGUGAACUUAGUGCAGUUGCUGGUGCCAUCACAAUCGCUUGUCUAAUGGUGGCUAACCUUGUUGGCUUUGUGAUUGGACCAUCUGGUAUAAGUUGGUUAAAAUCUGUAUUUCUUCAGGCCGAAGGACUACCUACUCUUUUGGGCUUGCUUAUAACAUUUUAUAUUGGAACAAAGCUAAUGUUCCAUGUAUCUGAUUCCAAGCAAAGGACGCAUCAGAGUUAAAGAUAGAUUUGCUUCCCGUUGACCCUGAUCCAAACCCUUUGUUAACUUUUUGUACACAAGCACAUGAAUAGUUUCGCUAAUAGUAGAAAGUUUUGCUGCCGGUGUUUCAUGACGGCGGUCUCAGCUGCAUUUUCCAUCUUUAUGGAUGAUCAAUGAGAUGCCUACAUAGACAACUUUUUGUGAUGCACCAGAAUUUGUAAUGUAGAUCUUUAUGUUUGACUUUUGAGGGUCAAAUGAGAUAUGGUUGAUUGGUUGACAA